UUAUUUUUCCAUCUCGUCGGCGUGAGUUGGCGCGAUUGGCGAACAAAAUUGGCGCUGUGAUGAGUGAGGAAGAAAUUAUGUGCAAACUGCGAAGGACUCUGUGGAUUAGUUGAAGGCAGGAAUUUCACCUUCAGGUGUUUUAUGUGUUUUGUUUGAAAUCGAAUGCUAGAAGGGAAGUUGUGCGAUAUGGGAGCAUAUGUGUUGAAGGUGUAGUUAGCAUAAGUGUAAAAGAGUGAAAGGCGAAAUCACUGGAAGGCUUAUCAAAGUUUUUUUUUUUAAGAAAUUGCUGUCGAAUGUACAAGCACACACAGAAUUGUAACCUGUGUGAAUUUCCGUUACUAAAAGGAUGAUUGUACCAAACCAGUCUUAUAAAUGUGAUAGUGACACAAGUUCAAUGAUAAUUGGUGCAAUUAAGGACAUUUCCAUCGUAUAGAUCAGAAUAAAAGCAUUCAACACUAUGGAGAGUUCCCCGCUGAAAAGUAACCGUAAGGUUCGGUUUUCUCUCCCAGACAACAACAUUCCAGCUGUUCCUGCGAAUGCUACUCAGCAAAAGCAACGACUAUCUCAUGGCACUCUCCAAUAUGUGAACGGAACUUUAGUCAGUCAAGCACCCUUAGCUCCCGGUACGGGUCCCCAGACCCCCGGCUAUGAUCUCAACUGUCUACAAAAUCAACAAGUACAACUCAGACAAGCCAAAGCCAAAGAAUCCAGCACAAAGAUUGUUCUCCAUCUGCGACCAUCUACAGGAGUGGAAAAAUAUGAAAACAUGGAAAUUGCCCCAGUUAAAACGACUGGGGCCGCAUUAGACAAGACGCCUCGAAAGGUACAAAAAUGUGGUGUUCCGCGAUUAGAAGCAAGAGCAUUUAAAACUCUUCCCCAAAUAAAUCAAAAAUUCCCGACUCCAGAAGACACGAACAACAACACAUCAACCGUUCGUGAUGCCUGCCAUAGACAUAAAACCAGUGAAGAUCUGGGCUUUGGUAAGACAACGGACGCCAAUAACAACAUUCAACAAAUCAAAAAGCAAACCGUUAUGCUGCGAUCCAUCUCCAGCGUUAGCGCCACCGGUGGAUCCAAAUCCCUUUCCACCCGUCCUAGGGCCAAAUCCUUGUGCAAGCCAAGCUCCAUCCGAGGUGGCAAAACUUUGAUUUCCUCUCAUCUACAGCACCAGGACAGCAAUAUUACCAUCAAAGUGCAGGAAAGCUCUCCAGCUCGGCGGGCUCUGUCGGGUGAGCCCAUCGACUUAGAAGCGAACCGAAUCACUCGUUCGCCCCUAUUGGAGUCCAGUACCACAUCCAACAAUGCCAACGGUUCAGCAAAUGCAAACGCGAGGCCAAAGUCCCAGUAUGCCAAAUGUAACUUCCUAACGGUGCCAGAGUUCAGCGAUCGGUACGAAGGCAUGGAAACGGUUGUUUCCACUUCCGAUGCCGCCAGCGAUGAUGAAGAGGACGAUGAGGAGCUAGAGGGGGAGGGACCGAACCAGCCGGGGGAAAAUCGAAUCAACGGGGGUGGCGUGGAAAGCGUUGAAACGGUGAAAAAUGGAAUCGGACGAGGUGCAAAGCGGAACGGAACCGUUGUUGUUGCAGGAAGUGGAGAAAGCGAACCAAAAGCUCCCACUCAGCCGCUGAACGACGCGGGCUUCAAGUGCAUCCAAGACACCAACCUGGGGCGGGACAAAAACUCGCUCCAAUUCUGGGACUUUGUCGAACGGUGGCGGGCGAACCGUGCGUUGAAAAAGCUCGACAGCAGCUCCACCAACUUUCUCCUCACCGCCCCCAACGGCAAUGGCUCCCCGGCCAGCAAUGCCAACAACGGGCUGAACCUGAACGGCAACUCCGCCGGCGAUCCAGCGUCAGUGUCGAUUGGCGGUUCGGGCAGAUCGGACGUAAAAAGCCCAACGCUCAGUUCUCGGAUCCGAGCGCUAAGGAUGAGCAUGGAACAGGUGCCAACGGUGACCACUCUGCUGAGGGCGUCUCGUGACGCCAACGAGUACCUAUUGAAAGAGGUCUUCCGGGACAUCCUGGAAAAUGGCAUUUCGCGGGAAAACCUCAACUCGACAGAUCGAAGCGGAAGGACGGCCAUAUCAUACAUCUGCUCGACAAACCUGACAAACUUUUUGGAACUGUUCCUCCAGCUGCCGGGCAUCGACGUGAACAAACCAGACAACGAAGGCAACACACCGCUCCAUUUCGCUGCACAAGCUGGUCUCUCAGAUGUUGUAAACAUGUUGAUCACAAAGUGCCGGAGUUUGGUAAUUGACCCCAAGAACAAUCUCGGUUUCACCCCACUAAUGAAGGCUGCUCUCCAAGGAAGGACUCGAUGUGCCAAGUUGCUACUAUUUGCUGGGGCAUCUCCGGUCGAGACGGACACCGGCAGGGGCUUCCGGGCUGAGCAGUGGGCCCGUUUCUGCGGAAGACACACGUGUGCCGAAACGAUAGAACAGUGUGCCCGGGCACGGCUGCUGGAUAAGUCAGCGCCCUGUGGCAAGUGGUCACACGACAUUGUGCUUCCCGGAGAUAGUAACGCACUGAAGGCGGCCAGGAGCAGCAGCAUCGCGGGACAGACAGCCAACCAAAAUGGGCUUCGUUCCAAAUUCCGCAAAGUAUUCCCCUUCAACUUUUCCUCAAAAGACAAACAGGUCACCAAGGAAGUGGACGAAAACUACACCAAAGAUUUGGUAAACUAUCUCAAAUCGGCCACAAUCUGCGUCAGCGGCCCAGCCUUGUCUGCCAAUAGGAAAAUCAUCCAGAGCCUUAUUCGACCACUAGAAGUGCCAAAACUAGAAGUGACUUACGCCAACAAUAAUGCGCUUAUCAAAAAGUAUGAAGUGGCUGAUUGCUCCGGAAGCGGAACCAACAUCGAUGACCAACAGGAUACGAUGAUGGAUGAAUCAGUAGAUGAUAGCCGGCAGUCCUCAACAGUUCCGGUGGCGGCGCCACGAAGCAAAGUGAAAUAUUAAUCUGCACCGUGCACAUGCACACACCUAUCUAAGUACCGUCAAACGCGCGACAAAAAAAACUACUCAACACCAAUUCACAUCGCUGCAGUUGAAUUCGAAACGAAGAGGAUCUACAAAGUCUUGUUUAAAUCAAUGUAGUUAUAUGGAAUAGAGCAAGUUUAAGGUUCAAUGUGCGUAACCGUUUAGUAUACCGUACCAAAAAAAAUGCAUUGUUAAAAUAUCAAACUGUACAACCGUACCAAGCCAUCUCAACGGAGAUCUGAACAUAUGUGAACCAUAGCUUGUAAACAUACUUAUUUGAUAACUUGAAGAAUUUAAAAGUAAAUGAGGAACAAUUUUGAACUUUUACUAAUAAUAUUAUACUUAGAUCUUUGUACUACUGAUAGACUGCGCUAGGGAGAACAUAUUUUUACUGCUUAUUAAAGACUAUUUACUAAAA